ACCACACAUCUAUUUUCUCAGUCAUUUUAACCUCACUGCAAACUAUCAACCAAAAUUUAAAAAUUCAAGAAACAACAGAGAGAAAGGAAUAAAAUAAAAGUAGCAGUAUCAGUACUUAAUUGGCAGUAUACAAGUUUCAGGUUAAGAAAUUGAGAGAAGAAGAGAGAAAAAAAAAAAAAGAAGAAGAAGAAGAAACAGAGAGCUUCUUCAAUGAAGAAACAAGGUUGUGAGAUAGAAGCAAUAGGUAUCAGCUACAAGGUCAAAACACAAAAAAGAGAUAACCCUUUUAAAUUCUUUACCACCCAAAAGCAGCAACAAGUAGAAGUCAUCGAUCAAAAAUCUGACAAACAACCAUCAAAGCUUGAAGAAACAAGUACUGGAAUCCGCCAUGUACUUAAGAACGUGAGUUGCACAGCAAAGCCAUGGGAGAUUCUCGCCAUUGUUGGUCCAAGCGGAGCAGGAAAAUCUUCCCUUCUUGAGGUUCUUGCAGGAAAACUCGCUCCACAAGCUGGCUCCAUUUUUGUGAACCAAGAACCUAUUGACAAAGCCCGGUUCAAGAAAAUCUCUGGCUAUGUCACCCAAAAGGACACCCUCUUUCCCCUCCUUACAGUUGAAGAAACACUCAUGUUUAGUGCCAGGCUGCGUUUAAGGCAGCCUCUAGCUGAACUGAGGUCCAGGGUUAAGUCCCUGGUCCAGGAACUAGGACUAGAGCAUGUAGCCAUGACUCGGGUUGGUGAUGACAGGGUUCGAGGGAUAUCCGGUGGAGAGAGGCGUCGUGUUUCCAUAGGAGUUGACGUCAUUCACGACCCUAAAGUGUUGAUUCUUGACGAACCAACUUCAGGUCUUGAUAGCACAUCUGCUUUGCAAAUCAUUGACAUGCUUAAGGUCAUGGCUGAAACCAGGGGAAGAACCAUAAUCCUAAGCAUCCACCAGCCCGGUUUCCGUAUAGUGAAGCUUUUCAAUUCCAUUCUUUUGCUGGCUGAUGGCUCAGUUUUACAUCAUGGCACGAUGGACCAGCUUGGCGUUAGCUUGAGGUCCAUGGGUUUGCAGCUUCCGCUGCAUGUAAAUGUUGUUGAGUUUGCCAUAGAGUCCAUCGAAACCUUUCAACGACAAAAACAGAUGCAGCAAGAAAUGCAAUCUCACGUGCCAGCAGCACCAGUGCAACACAAGAAAGGAGAAGGUGAGACUAGAAGCGGUAAGUUUACUCUGCAACAGCUCUUCCAACAAUCUAAAGUUGUUGAUGAAGAACUCAUCAAGGGGAUUGAUAUCCCAAGUGAUUUUGCCAAUUCAAGAUUGCAAGAAACCAUAAUCCUCACUUAUAGGUUCUCAAAAAAUAUAUUUAGAACCAGGGAGCUAUUCGCCUGCAGGACAAUUCAAAUGUUGAUUUCUGGUUUGGUGUUGGGCUCCAUUUUCUACAAUCUUAAACAUGAUCUUAUUGGAGCUGAGGAAAGGGUAGGUCUAUUUGCUUUCAUAUUGACUUUCUUGUUGUCUUGCACAACAGAAGCUCUGCCAAUUUUUUUGCAAGAAAGGGAGAUUUUGAUGAAGGAGACUUCUUGUGGAAGUUACAGAGUCUCUUCGUAUGCCAUAGCCAAUGGACUUGUCUACUUGCCAUUUCUGCUCAUCCUGGCAAUCUUGUUCACAAUUCCUUUAUACUGGAUGGUGGGGCUAAACCCAAAUUUCAUGGCAUUUCUGCAUUUUUUAUUACUAAUUUGGUUGAUUCUCUACACAGCAAAUUCGGUUGUGGUUUGUUUUAGUGCUUUGGUGCCUAAUUUCAUUGUCGGAAACUCAGUGAUCUCGGGUGUGAUGGGGUCCUUCUUUUUGUUCUCAGGCUACUUCAUAUCAAAGCAUGGGAUACCAAGUUACUGGAUAUUCAUGCAUUAUGUAUCUUUGUUCAAGUAUCCAUUUGAGGGGUUUCUGAUCAAUGAGUUUUCCAAGUCAGGUAAAUGCUUGGAGUACAUGUUUGGAUCAUGCAUAGUUACUGGGGAGGAUGUGCUAAGAGAAGAGGGAUAUGGAGAAGAAAGUAGGUGGAGAAAUGUGGUAAUCAUGAUUUGUUUCAUUUUUGUUUACAGGUUCAUUUCUUAUGUCAUUCUCAGAUUUAGGUGCUCUAAAAGAAGUUUUAGAGCAGCCCUUGCUUAAAGGAUAUAAUAAAAGCUCUCUCUCAGUCUCUCUCUCUCUCUCUCACGUGUAUGUUAACAAGAUGGUUCACAUGUUUUUUGGAA